AUGAGUACCAACUUGGAAAGCGUUUUGGGGUUCAAAGUUAGAGUUACCAAUGUAUUAGAUCAAAUAACUGAGGGGAAAAUUUACUCUUUCAAUUCAGCAAAUAAUACUUUAACGCUUUUGACAACCAAAAAGGGACAACCACAAUCUUUUAAAGUGAUAAAAUGCUCAUUUAUCAAGAAUCUAGAAGUGCUAGGAGACAAGCCUGCUUCUAAUACAUUCAAGAGGCAACAUAUCAGACCUCAACAUGUCAAUGUUGAGAGAAUUGAGCAAUUGUUGAGGCAAAAGCUUGCGGAGCAGAAAACGAGGAGCAUUCGUACCGGUAAAAAUGUCAGUAAAGAGGGUCAGUUUCUAUUCGAUAUGUUGUAUAAAACUGUUUCCGAUACAAAAUGGGUGGAUAAAAAGAUUGUUGUAUUGGAUGAUGUUGAAAUAUCACCACCAUACAAGUUGGAAAAUGUCAAACCAUUGCAUGGCUCCCACACUGAGACCGAAACAUUAGUGAAAAGGAUUUUACAAAGAGGGCAAGAGAAGUUAAAUGAUAUGAUGGAAAUGGAUGGCAGGAGAGGGGGGUAA